GGACUCGCGACGAGCUACGAACGAGCUCGAUCGCGACGGACGGAUUUAAAAAAACGAUCGAAGGGAUGACGAUCAGCGCGUCGUUCCUCGCCCUGGUCGCGGCGGCGGCCAUUGUUGGCUCAGAACCGCACGGGGUAUUUGGUGGAAGUGGAGGUCUAGCGUAUAGCAGUGCUUCCGCGUCGGCGUCAGCGAACGCGUAUGCAGGGUCAGGAGCAAGCGCGUCCGCGUUGAGCAACGCGAACGCGUUCGUCGGGAAUUUUCCCGGAAUCGACGGUGGCCACGAGGGUCACAAAGGGAUCCGCAGCUACGACAACACCGGACUCGGCAACCAGCCGAACGGCGGCCAUGACAGUUCGUCCGGUCAUGCUGGAGUGAAGGGUGGUCGCGGUAGCGGCUGCUCGAAAUGCAAAUGGGAGGAUGACGAGUAUUGGGAGACGGAGGAAGAGGAGGAGGAGCCGGAGGAGAGGAACGAAGACGAGUGCGACGAUGGCGACGAUGGUCAAUACAGGCCGGAACACCAUCACGGGCGUGGGAAAAAACCAAAUGUGCAGAAAUUGGGAGCACCUGGAGUGGGGGGAGCACCGGUCAAAGGAGGCCCAGGAGGCAGUGGAAGCCCAUCCUCAGGAUCUCCAUGGAACAAACCAUCGGGUCAACAACAUGGUCAACAGCCUGGAGCUGGUUCCAAACCCUGGAGCCAGGGACCUGGAGGUUCGCCUGGAACUUUUGGACCUGGACCGCAUGGAUCUGGAGGCCCAAAUGCAGGCAAACCGGGUGCAACGAAUCAGCCAGGAUGGAACAAGGGGCCUGAAACAGGUUCUGGAUGUUCUGGCAAUAACUCACCAGGCUCGGGAUGCGAUCAAGGAACAAGUGGUGUUGGUCCUGUAAAGCAGGGUCCACUUCCGUUUGGUGGCCCCAAUACGGGCAAUGUUCAGAAACAAGGAUCUCCUAACUAUUCGACUAGUCCUACGGGAGGUUACGGUCCUCAGGGAUCUAGUCCUACGGCUGGAUGUGGUCCUUAUGGUAACUGUGGACCUACACCCGGUGGCGGUCCAGGAUAUCCUGGCAGUCCGGGAAGUCCGGGAAGUCCAGGUAGUCCAGGACAUCAAGGAGGGCCAGGAUAUCCAGGCGGUCCGGGAAGUCCAGGCAGUCCAGGAAGUCAAGGAGGGCCAGGAUAUCCAGCAGGCAGCCCGGGAAGUCCAGGUAGCCCAGGAGGUCCAGGAUGUACCGGUGGUCCCCAUGGUAAUUGCGGUGGAGCUGCACCUGGUGGAUUGCCUGUGAAGACUGGACCAUUUGGUGGUUAUCCAGGAAGCGGAUCACCUAAUGGUGGUACACCUGGAAGUCCAGGAGGCCCAAGUUAUCCAGGCAAACCAGGAAGUCCAGGUGCUCCAGGAGGUCCGGGAUAUCCAAGCGGUCCGGGAAGUCAAGGAGGACCAGGCAGUCCAGGAAGUCCAGGAAGUCCGGGAAGUCCAGCAUGUACCGGUGGUCCUUAUGGUAAUUGUGGAGCCGCACCUGGUGGAUCUCCAGUGAAGGGUGGACCAUUUGGUGGUCAUCCAGGAAGCGGAUCGCCUAAUGGUGGUACACCUGGAAGUCCAGGCAGUCCAGGAGGCCCAGGUUAUCCAGGCAAACCAGGUGCUCCAGGAGGUCCGGGAUAUCCAAGCGGUUCAGGAAGUCCAGGAGGACCAGGCAGUCCAGGAAGUCCAGGAAGUCCGGGAAGUCCAGGAUGUACCGGUGGUCCUUAUGGUAAUUGUGGAGCCGCACCUGGUGGAUCUCCAGUGAAGGGUGGACCAUUUGGUGGUCAUCCAGGAAGCGGAUCGCCUAAUGGUGGUACACCUGGAAGUCCAGGCAGUCCAGGCAGUCCAGGAGGCCCAGGUUAUCCAGGCAAACCAGGAAGUCCAGGUGCUCCAGGAGGUCCGGGAUAUCCAAGCGGUUCAGGAAGUCCAGGAGGACCAGGCAGUCCAGGAAGUCCAGGAAGUCCGGGAAGUCCAGGAUGUACCGGUGGUCCUUAUGGUAAUUGUGGAGCAGCACCUGGUGGAUCUCCAGUGAAGAAUGGACCGUUUGCUGGUCAUCAAGGAAGCCAAGGCGGGCCAGGAUAUCCAGGCAGUCCGGGAAGUCCAGGUAGUCCAGGCAGUCAUGGAGGGCCAGGAUAUCCAGGCAGUCCGGGAAGUCCAGGUAGUCCAGGAAGUCCAGGAUGUACCGGUGGUCCUUAUGGUAAUUGUGGUGGAGCAGCACCUGGUGGAUCCUCAGUGAAGGGUGGACCAUUUGGUGGUCAUCCAGGAAGCGGUUCGCCUUCCGGUCCAGGAAGUCCAGGAGGACCAGGAUAUCCAAGUAGCCCAGGAAGUCCAGGAGGUCAAGGAGGCCCAGGAUAUCCUGGCAGUCCUGGAAGUUCUGGAAGUCCAGGAUGUACCGGUGGUCCUUAUGGAAAUUGUGAUGGGUCUGCACCUGGUGGAACUCCAGUGAAGAAUGGACCAUUCGCCGGUCAUCCAGGAAGCGGUUCGCCUUACGGUGGUACACCUGGAAGUCCAGGCAGUCCAGGUGGUCCACAAUACCCAGGCAAACCAGGAAGUCCAGGAAGUGGUCCAGGUGCUCCAGGUGGUCCGGGAUAUCCAAGCGGUUCAGGAAGUCAAGGAGGACCAGGCAGUCCAGGCAGUCCAGGAAGUCCAGGAUGUACCGGUGGUCCUUAUGGAAAUUGUGAUGAAGCUGCACCUGGUGAUGGAUCUCCCGUGAAGAAUGGACCAUUCGCUGGUCAUCCAGGAAGCGGUACGCCUUACGGUGGUGCACCUGGAAGUCCAGGCAGCCCAGGAGGUCCAGGUGGUCCGGGGUAUCCAGGCAGUCCAGGAAGUCCGGGAGGUCCAGGUAGACCAGGAAGUCCAGGAGGCCAAGGAGGCCCAGGAUAUCCAGGCAGCCCAGGAAGUCCAGGAAGUCCAGGAAGUCCAGGAUGUACCAGUGGUCCUUAUGGAAACUGUGGUGGAGCUGCACCUGGUGGUGGAUCUCCCGUGAAGAAUGGGCCAUUUGGUGGUCAUCCGGGAAGUGGAUCGCCUAAUGUGGGCUCUCCUGGAAGUCCAGGAGGUCCAGGUGGUCAAGGAUAUCCAGGCAGUCCAGGAAGUCCAGGAAGUCCAGGCAGUCCAGGAAGUCCAGGAAGCCCAGGAAGUCCAGGAUGUACCGGUGGUCCUUAUGGAAACUGUGGUGAAGCUGCACCUGGUGGUGGAUCUCCCGUGAAGAAUGGGCCAUUUGCUGGUCAUCCGGGAAGUGGAUCGCCUUACGGUGGUGCACCUGGAAGUCCAGGCAGCCCAGGAGGUCCAAGUGGUCCGGGGUAUCCAGGCAGUCCGGGAAGCCCGGGAAGCCCGGGAGGUCCAGGUAGACCAGGAAGUCCAGGAAGUCCAGGAAGUCCAGGCAGUCCAGGAAGUCCAGGAAGCCCAGGAAGUUCAGGAAGCCCAGGAAGUCCAGGAUGUACCGGUGGUCCUUAUGGAAACUGUGGUGAAGCUGCACCUGGUGGUGGAUCUCCCGUGAAGAAUGGGCCAUUUGCUGGUCAUCCGGGAAGUGGAUCGCCUUACGGUGGUGCACCUGGAAGUCCAGGCAGCCCAGGAGGUCCAAGUAGUCCGGGGUAUCCAGGCAGUCCGGGAAGCCCGGGAGGUCCAGGUAGACCAGGAAGUCCAGGAAGUCAAGGAGGCCCAGGAUAUCCGGGCAGUCCAGGAAGUCCAGGAAGUCCGGGAUGUACCGGUGGCCCUUAUGGAAAUUGUGGUGGAGCUGCACCUGGUGGUGGAUCUCCCGUGAAGAAUGGGCCAUUUGGUGGUCAUCCGGGAAGUGGAUCGCCUAAUGUGGGCUCUCCUGGAAGUCCAGGAUAUCCAAGCAGUCCGGGAACCCCAGGAAGUCCAGGAUGUGGUCCUUAUGGCAAUUGUGGAGGUGCACCUGGUGGAUCUCCAUAUGGGCCAUCUAUUGGACAUCCAGGACAUCCAGGAAGUGGAUCACCUGAUGGUUCUCCGGGAAGUCCAGGAGGAUCAGGCUAUCCAGGCAGUCCGAUUAGUCCAGGAAGUCCAGGUGGACCUCAAACACCAUAUGGACCGUUCCCAGGCGCAAGCACAACUGCUGGAGCUCACGCUGGUGUGAGUAGACCAAGUCCUGGAAGUGGGCACCCUCCUGGAUCACCAGGAAGUGGAUCACCUGGCUCUAGUCCCUCGUACUCGCCGAAUGGUCCUUAUGGUGGUCAGAAGCCUGGACCUUAUGGACCUGGCAGCGGAGUUCCGGGCGUGAAAGGAGGUCCGAGCGGUGCAGGUCACCCACCUGGAACACCAGGAAGUGGAGCACCAGGCUCUAGUCCCUCGUACUCGCCAAAUGGUCCAUCUACUAAUUCUCCGUUUGGAAACACAGGAACACCAGGUUCUCCAAAUGGUCCUUAUGGUGGUCAGAAGCCUGGACCUUAUGGACCUGGGAGCGGAGCUCCGGGCGUGAAAGGAGGCCCGGGCGGUUCAGGACCUGGCACUUCACCUUAUCCUGGAAAUGGAAAACCUAGCCCUGGCAGCAGUCCAUCCGCUCCAGGAGCAUCUCCCAACAAACCAGGCGCUGGAAAUGGACACCCACCCGGUGGUCAAAGCAAACCCGACGGAGACAGCAAAAUCUUUUACAUAAACGUGAAUCCUGCUCAGGGAACUCCGGCUGGAAGCAAGCCCCACGGUAACAGUGGCCCCCAUGGAGGACCUGGAACGACGAAAUCUCCCUUCGGAGCUGGACCGUCUGAACCGACCAAACCAUAUCAACCUGGUCCUCAUGGCGGCGCUGGAACUACCAAACCUGCUUACCAACCAGGCCCUCAUGGAGAUGCAGGACCCACGAAGUCUCCUUUCCAGCCAACUCCUUAUGGCGGUGCUGGAACCACGAAAUCUCCUUUCCCAACAAGUCCUUAUGGUGGACCUGGAACUGCAAAGCCUCCUUACCAACCAGGUCCUCAUGGAGAUGCAGGCCCUACGAAGUCUCCUUUCCAACCAGGACCUUAUGGUGGAGCUGGAACCACGAAAUCUCCUUUCCAAACAAGUCCUUAUGGCGGACCUGGAACUGCAAAGCCUCCUUACCAACCUGGUCCUCAUGGAGAUGCAGGUCCUACGAAGUCUCCUUUCCAACCAGGACCUUAUGGUGGAGCUGGAACGACGAAAUCUCCCUAUCCAAAUGGACCUCAUACAGGCACUCCUGGAGGUAGCCCUGGCUGGCCCGGUCCAACGAACCAAAGCCCAUUAGGUGCACAACCUGGAAGUGGUACAAGCGGUUGUACAGGUGGUGGUCAGAGUUGUGGAAGCGGAUGCAGUCAGAGUACCUCUCCGGGCAGCAAACCUUGCGAUGCAAACAAUAUUCCUAACAUCGAGAAGCUCUCUGGCCCGGCAGGCGAAGGGCCCGACGAUUUCUCGCAGUCUUCGCAAGCAGUGUUCCCUCCUGGCGAACCCAUCCGACCAUCCAACGGACCUGGCUGCACUUAUGGCAGUUGUCCACCUGGAUCGGGUCCAACGCCCGGUGGCAAACCUGACAACGCGAAUAAAAUUCCCGGAGGGCCUGGAACCUAUGAAUGGAAUCCGUUUCUGACUGGAAAAGUGUCGCCUCCUAGUAGUGGUGGCUCGUACCCUGGAGCAACAACCAGCAAGCCAAUAGGUGCUGGGAACCCCUUCUUCGGAGGAGGGCCUGCAGUUGGCGUAGGAGCUGGAGCAGGUGCAUGGAGCGGCGCCAGUUCCGGAAGCCACGCCCCUCAGAACGGAAACUCUCCGUUCGGAGAGGGAUCGACGAAACCCGUGGGUAAAGACAAUCCGUUCUUUGGGCCAGGAUCAGGACCCACGCGUGGCGAUAUCGGGGGCACGGGUGGUCCAAAGACUGGAGGACCAGGUUUCCAGACUCAUCCUCCAAAUAGCAUCCUUGGACCAGGUCAACCAUCGAGUGGAAAUCCAUUUGGUGUUGGAGCAGGCUCUGCAGCAGGAACCUUCGGUCACUAUCCUGGUUCAGGUCCUGAAUCUGGUAAUGGUGCUGGAGGUCCUGGGGGAGUGAAGAAACCGUUAGGAACGCAUCGUGGUAGCGGAAGUGGAGGCGGUGUUGGCAUUGGUUUGGACGGUUUUGGAAACUUACCUGGACACGAAAAUGGCGGUUCCUUCGGUGGAGCUUUCUCUGGCGCCUUCAGCAGCGCUCAUGCGUCCAGUUUCGCUGACUCGAAGGCUGCCUCGUUUGGCUCGGGAGGGCCAAAUCCAAAUAUCGGAGAAGGUAAUGGCGGAAGUUGGGCCUCCAGUGGCGCGGCGAGUCAAGCCGGAAGUGGUUCCUGGUCCUCCAGCGGAGCAUCCGCUUACGCCAGCAGCAACGCGGGCAGCUGGGCAGGCGCAGCACCACAUGCAGUGAAAGGAUAGUCGACGAGAAACGAGGACGAAAAGGAGAAUAACCUGCCACAAAGAAGAAAAAAAAUUAUAUUUAAAUUGUACACGAAACUGCUUAUGAGAUUAGUUUUAUUUCGCUUAAUCUUCGCCUUUAUUUGUAAUUUAUUUUACUUCUUUCAAUGCGAUACAAUCUCGUAUGAAAAGACUCGUUUGUAUCUUUUUUUUUUUUUUUUUGUACCCAGAAUCCUGUACGCUUACGCCGACAAUUAGCGAAGAAUUAAUGCCGAUCCCGCGGCGCGAUUGUACGAUUAUUAUGCGGAGAUUGCUAUCGCCUGAUGUCCGAUAGAUAAUGAAUAGUGACAUAAGCGAUGAAUCGUUCACGAUACCGAACGGAUCUCGAGUGUUUCUAAUAAAUAAGAAACUAGUUAACGAUACAAUCAAACGUGUACACUAUUUAAUUACAUCUUUUUAACGGAAAAGUAACAAGAAAAUUGCCACGAUAGGAGAUAAUAUAAUUUAAGUAAUAAUUCAA